GCCCCCACAGAAGCAAAGACGCGUGGUUUUAUUUUCUGUGACAAAGCCUCAGCGAUUACGACUGUCGCUAUACACGGAGCACAUAGUCCUACCUCACAGUAAGUCACCGGUGGCCAGUCGCCUCCUUAUCGCUCUUCCAUCGCUACUUCCGACUCUUUGGUCUCGUUGCCAUAUGGUAGCGCGUUUCCCUGCUUGUUGUAGAGGUUCACGGUUCGAAUUCAGCUGCGGUGUAAAUUACCAUGAAUAUGCAUCGUAUGUUUCACGGAGGGACGUUAAAGAUCCCUUGACGUAAUUCCCGAGACAAGGUGAUUGUGUACCGGCAUUCAAAAUGUGCACCGCAAAUUAAUCAAUUUGAAUUACAGUAUACACAUACACCAGUAACCACCACCCCCUACGAGCAGACUAACGUCACUUUUGAAAAAGUGACGAUAUCCUGUUCUCGAGUUCUCGCCCGGAUAAACAUAAAAUAAACUAAAACUAAACUUACUUGCUUGAAGUUAGAACACGUUCCGCUUCUUCUCUCGCAUAGUUCGACUUUGGAAUUCCCUCCCAGCAUUUGAUCUUUUCCACAAGUGUUUAAAAUACAAUAAAUAACCUUGCUCAACUCAAUGAACCUGUUAAAUUGCUGUUUUGUGCCUGUGCUUAGCCACUGUGGUUUAAACAAAAAACAUCAGAUGUCCCCGUGGCUUCCUGCCAGAAUGUAUGCCCGACGUCACGCCCCAAAUUUUGCUCUAUUAUAAAGAUUACUCGUUAAUUACUCAAUUGGGAGAAUACACAGCAACAUCACCCCCUGCUGCGAAACUACUGCAGAUUACGUCUUCGUGAUAACGUUUGCUCUCGAAGGAUGGCGUGAAUAUACACGAUUUGAUUUAAUUUUUCAUAGGAUCCCCCCAGGACCAAAAAAAAACUACCCCAAAUGCAAUGCUUUGCCACGUUCAACUCAGCGAAGAAUUAUUGCACACUUUAACAAAUCCCUGGUUCCUGUUUAAAAAAAAAACACGCACGUGUCAUGGUUCUGUUAAAAAUGACUCUCUCAAUACGGUCGUGGCGACGUCGGCAUCAACUCGACAUCUCCCCUCACAACACACACAAAUGUCUUCUUCCAUCACCUCCAUUGGCAUUGCCCCCUGAAUUAAGGGCCACAGGUGGUAGAAACUAAAGCAUGCUUGGCAAAGAUCUUGAUGUCAGGGACAUGGUGUGUAGCGUUCGCAUGGACAAGCACACGCGUCUCACCGGGAAUAAGCGUGACACUGACGGCCGGGCGGGGGGGGGGAGAGGUAUUACGCAACUAAUGGUCAUCGCAUAUAAUACCACCGUUCUACACAAUCAUUCAUUCGCGCGUCAGCAGUGAGCCGUGAAAGACGCUUCGGUGGAAGGAAGGAAAAAAAAAGGCUGGCGAUUCGUCAGAGUUGUUGCUUGUUAUGGGCGGCGUUGGUUGGACGUGGGGCGUGUUGACACGCAGGACAUUCGAUGAACACUGAUUUAGAGCGACCUAACGAAUCUGUUUCGCAUCGUCAUGAAUAUCUAGACACACACACAGAGAGGCAACAUUUCACGAGUUGCUCCGAUUAGCACGGUCGGCUUACGUACGGGUUCGCGAUAAGUUCCAAAGAUAUACACAGGCAGUGCACACGUGCGCCACCCGUCGCGUUCGGCAGCGAUGAAUUUCGACGACGUUCUCAAGAAGAUCGGAGGCUUCGGAAAGUUCCAGAUGAUUUUGUACACGUGGAUCUGCCUGCCGCAUAUCUCCAUCGCGAUGCACAUGCUCGUGUCGGUGUUCGCGGGCGCCACCCCGGCACACUUCUGCCGCGACCCCCCCGGGGGCCACGCUCCGGUGCCCUCGGCCACCACCGCUCCCCCCACGGCCGGGGAGUCGGCAGCUGCCAACGGGACGGAGCGGCCGCGGUGCGGCAGCCGCCUGAACGAGAGCGGGUGGCAGCCAUGCGCCACGGGGUGGGAUUACGACCGCAGCGUCUUCACCAGCACCGUGGUCACCGAGUGGGACCUGGUCUGCACGAGAAGUUACCUCAAUAACGUGGGCUCGUCCAUCUUCAUGCUGGGCCUGAUGGUGGGGGCUCCCGUGCUUGGGACCAUGGCUGACAAGUACGGCCGUAAGUCCGUCAUCCUCGUCUCGAUGGCAAUUCAGACGGCCUUCGGCCUCGGGGCGGCGUUCGCGCCCAACUUCGUGAUGUACGCCUUGGCCCGUUUCAUGGUCGGAGUCGCCAUCUCGGGCGUCAUCAUGAACGCCUUCGUGUUGGCCACGGAGUGGACGGGCAUCGGCGAGCGCAUGCUGGCCGGAAUCGCCACUCAGCAGGCGUUCGGCGUGGGCUACAUGCUGCUCGCACCCGUCGCCUACUUCAUCCGCGACUGGCGCCAACUGCAGCUCGCCAUCUCCAUCCCCGAGAUCCUCUUCAUCGCCUACAUCUGGCUGCUACCCCGCUCCGCCCGGUGGCUCCUGGCGAACAAUCAGCACGACAAGGCGGAGAGUCUGGUGCGCAGAGCAGCGGAGAUCAACGGCAUGAGCCUUCCUGAUGACCUCCUGAAGUCGGAGAUGGUGAAGCAGAAACUGGCCGCGAGUCCUCAGCAGGCCCACUCCGUCCUGGACCUCUUUCGCACGCCGCGGCUGAGGAAACAGUCCCUCAUUCUCUUCUACUCUUGGUUCGCGAUCACUCUGGUCUACUACGGCCUCUCGCUGGGAAUCUCCGACCUGGGGCUGGACAUCUUCCUCACGCAGUUCAUCUUUGGCGCCGUGGAGAUCCCCGCGCGCUUCCUCUUGCUCGCCACGCUCCCCAAGAGCCGCAGGAUGUCCCAGGUCGGCUUCCUGGCCUUCGGGGGCCUCUUCUGCAUCCUCACCGUGACCGUGCCAAGCGACAUGUCCACCGUUCGGACGGGGCUCGCGAUGCUCGGGAAGUUCGGCGUCACUGCUUCCUUCGUCGUCAUCUUCAUCUACACGGCAGAGAUCUAUCCGACGGUCAUCAGGCAGAUGGGCGUGGGGAUGUCGUCGAUGUUCGCGCGCUUCGGCGGGGUGCUCGCUCCCCUCGUGAGCCUCGCCUUCCCCCCGGGCCACGCGGGCCCGAUGGCGAUGUUCGGGGCGAUGUCCCUGCUCGCCGCCGCACUCACGCUCGCGCUGCCCGAGACGGCCAAUCGCCCGCUGCCCGACUCCAUCGCCGACACCGAGAGGGACGACGGAGAGGAGGAGGAGGAGGAGCAGCGGCAGAGCGAGGGUAGGGGAAGAAGAGUGUGAUAUGUGUGUGUGAGCAGGUGAAAGCACGUGACCUGUACAGAGAGGACACCCAAGACGUGUCUCCUGACGGCCGAUCAGUGACCUUCAGGGACAAGACGUUCUGUCUGCUGUCUGGCCACUCGUGGAAGAUGCGUUGUGUCCAAGACCGGCCUUAAAUGUAAACGAUCGUGAAGUUGAACAAUAUGAAGUGUAACUUGUGCACGUGGCAUUGAGAAGAUUUCAGAGGCGCCAUAUUUCCCCCCCCCCCCCCCAAAAAAAA